GUGUGUACGCUCUUAAAACAAGGCGCAGACUCCUCCGGGUGACUCAUUCUGAUGCUCGCUUUUCCACGGUGAGGGAAAACCAGCACGGAUUUGUGUUUUCAAUCCGAUGAACUUUGCGGGAUUUGCGUCGCCGACAGCGAUCAGCCCGCUCCCAUGGCCCCGAACGUCUUCUGCGCGCUGUGCGGAUUUAUCGUCGCCGCCGCCUCGGCGCAUUUCUACGGCGUAAACGCGCAGAAAAGCCAGUGCAGCAGUUCAGAGUUUUGGAAUUCAGAUUUGGAUGUUUGUGUCCCGUGUGCGUCAUGCAAGCAGUACCCAAAGACCCCAUCCUGUAACACAUGUAGACCUGUAUAUGUAGAGGAGACGUCCGACGUGUGGCGGCUAGCGGCCAUCACCAGUUUCUCGGUGCUCGCCGUCGUGCUGGUCGGGGCCGCGUUGAUUAUCGGAGUCAUGGUCCAUCGGCACAAGUCGCAGAAACGACCUCUACGGGAACCCAUCGAAGAAACCGCGGGGCCACUUUAUCAAGCAUAAACAUGCAGUAGGUACACUUUAAACCUCAUCUCUCUCUGGAAGGACAAGCGACAGACGUAACACAGGAAGCCUGGCUCCACGAGUCUCUUCGCCGUGAUCUCCACGCUGAUGGACUCGAACCGUAAUUUAUUCUACUGUGCGAGCCGGAGCCACGUUCAGUUCUCAAGAAAGGGUCUUUCUUUCACGAAGCAGUCACACUGAGCCGUGCUGGACCCGGGGACGUAUCGACCACUUGUGUCUGCAGACACAACGCCAACCGUGCACCAAUCACGUAUACUUAGCAGAGAGCCAUGGUGACGUUAUAGUAAAUAGUGGUGGUAUCAUUUUUCAUACUUUAUUUGCCUUAAUAUUUCAAUUAUUAGUCCUUUGUAUUCCGUUUUGAGAAACCUUACUUGCACAUAAUCUAGUUAUUUGGAUUUGUGAAGCUGACAGAACUGCAGCCGUCUCUCCUUGGAUGACAGACACCGUCUAUCCAGAGACUGUAAUGCAACGUAACAUCAGUGAAUGUAAUGCAACCGUUUUUGUCAACAGGGACACAGAUUUGGGCACCAGUUAAUUCAGUAUGGCUGUGUGUGUGUGUGUUGGGGGGGGGGGGUUAUUUGCUGGCCAUAUACAACAACCUCAUUGAAAGUAACCACAAGUGAGCAAGACAUAGUGUCGGGCACAUGUAAGGCCAUUUGAAUGUAGCUUACCGUCUGGAGGAAACGUUAUUACUGCCAGUACUUUUAUUUUGGAAUCUGUAUGCACCUGUUUCCUUGGAGAGCACGGUGCAAUACUUCUGUUUUAAUUUUUUAAUUUUUAAAUUAGGGGGUAAGAGGCCCGUUCUCACGCACUGCUACGGGGACCUUCCAAGAACAAAACCGUCUUUCCAUCGCGGAUCGUUUCAGUAUCAUUUCAUCAUUUUUGUUUUCACGUGUCAGGCUUUUUUUUUAAUGUUUUUUUUUUUUUUUGGUCACAGCUUUUGCUGACUUGGCCCCAGCGUACAUUGCCUUCUCGUCCUCGUAGCGCGCACCAGGGCGGUGUCAGUGUUGGUGGGACAGGACAUCUUUUCGAACACUACAUGCACCGAAUCCCAAACAGCUACAGGGAGGGAGGGAGAGGGAGAGGGCGAGAGAGGGGGGGCGGUUGCUGUGGUGAUUUUUCACCCACGUUUGCUAGUUUUAAUUAACACUGAACUCCAUAUUCAUGACGCUUACUAACUCCGAUCCGUUGUAGUUUCUUGUUUAUAUUCCAGAUCUCUGACGAAAUGCACAGGGCGCGCGAGGUCCAAUCAAAAAGCAUGGCGGUCACGUGUGAUGGAGGGGGGGGGGUCGGCUUGGGAGGAUGGACGCAAAGGGACGCGGGGCCGCGCCGUUUAAACGCAGUCGCGGGAGCCGCGCGGCCGGCGUCACACAACCGCGCGCACACGCACGCACACACACAUCCCCGCGGUCUGAAAUACGACAAGUGUCCUUUGAGGUCUGAAGUUGGUGUUACGGAUAUCGAACUAAAAUUACUUCUUCACAUAGUCACAGGUAUAACGAGUAGCGAGAUAACAGGAAAGAACGACGCUGUGUUAGAAUAUAAAUAAAAUCACAGAACUAAAACCACAGGACCACACGUUUUGUUUUUUUUAAACUUCUAUUCUGAGCGCUGAAAUAGUUUUAUAGUGAAAUACAGCUGGUUUAAGAAAAUCUGUGGCUGCAGUGUGGAAGUUGAUUUGUUUUUGGGGUUUGUUUUCUUUUAAAUCCCUCGUCCGUCGUCAGGACGGUCGUCCCGGCCAGAACCCCCCCCUCCUCCCCCCCCCCGUUUCUUACAAAUCGACCACAUUUGAAAAUGACUGCGACGGGGGGAAGAAAAGAAGAAGAAAAAAAAACGUGAGAAAAAAGGAACAACAAAUAAAAACAGAAGUAUUUGGUGUCGUUUCAGCCGGGGUAGAAUCACGUCUAUUUCCCCACCACCGAGCAUCUGUUCCUCCUGCAUUUGCAUGGAGCGCGCGAUAAGGGCUCAUUUGACUGACAGCGUCUCUCUUAGUGACACGUGAAGCCGUGCGCACUGUGCAACUCUCGUCCUCCGCCAGUAAAACUGGAGAUUCAGUCAAAAUCAAUAUAUACAAAUACUUGCAUUUUUGAUGUCUAUAUUAUUUAUUUUUUUAAGGUUUCUUGCCAUAUGGAGAUGCAAUAACUGCUAAAAUGUUGGACAAUGAUUGUCAAAGGGACUUCCUGUGAAGAUUUUUGUAAAACUUCUACCAGGCCAGCAACUGUUAGAGCAUUAAACUAACAUUUUCUAUGUAUUUUCAUUGCUUUUAUUUUAUUUUAUUUUAGUUGUGUUUAAUUAUGUACACGUGAACUGCCUUGUUUUAAAUGAGCUUUGUGUACUGUGUAUUUUCACAAUAAAAGUAGUUUUC